UUCCCGGCGUGCUGGCUGCAGGCCGGGGCGGGGAGGAGGUGGUCGGCCCUCGCCGCUCUGGCUCCCUUGGCUCCCCCGGUCCCCGGAUGGUGACGGCGGCGCGGGGAGACGCUAGACUAGGCGGCCCUGUCGAGGCACGCGUAGCGCUCGCAUGCUUUGCCCCGCGCGCCUUGGAACCCCUCGGGGCUCGAGUCUCUCGCGUCCCCGCCGCCGCGCGCCCUUCCUGCCGUGCCCGGGUCCGCACGCCGGGAGCGCGGCUCGGUCCGUGCUCCGCCCCGGAGACCACGUGUACUGGCGAUUUCGCGCGCUGUUUAAUUAGCUGCGAGUUCUAAUGUGGCGUUUUUCUGUUUUUAAUGCAGAGACCAGUAAUUCGUUAUGGAGCAUGCUAUUACCCCGUUGGAACCCCUGCUUCCCACUGGGAGUUUGAAAUACUGCCUUGUGAUUCUGAAUCAGCCUUUGGACAAAUGUUUUCGUCAUCUUUGGUGCAAAGCUUUCUGCCUGAAUUCAUCAGUGGAGACUUUGAUUCUAUUAGGCCUGAAGUUAGAGAAUACUACGCUAUUAAGGGAUGUGAAAUUAUUUCAACUCCUGAUCAGAACCAUACUGACUUUACCAAGUGCCUUGAAGUGCUCCGAAAUAAGAUAGAAGAAAAAGACCUACAGGUAGACAUGAUUGUGACCUUGGGAGGACUUGCUGGGCGUUUCGACCAGAUUAUGGCAUCAGUGAGCACUUUGUUCCAAGCGACUCGAAUCACUCCUUUGCCAAUUAUCAUAAUCCAAGAGGAGUCUCUCAUCUACCUGCUCCAACCGGGAAAGCACAAAUUGCAUGUAGAUACCGGAAUGGAAGGUGAUUGGUGUGGCCUUAUUCCUGUUGGACAGCCGUGCAAUCAGGUUACGACAACAGGCCUAAAGUGGAAUGUCACAAAUCAUAGGAUUAGUUUCGGAACACUGGUCAGCACUUCCAAUACCUACGAUGGAUCUGGUGUUGUGACUGUGGAAACAGACCGUCCCCUCCUCUGGACCAUGGCCGUCAAAAACACCCAUGACUGACCUCCACAGCUGUGCCUCUGACCUCAUUUGCCAACAACUUCAUGCUCCACAAGAACAGUUCACCUUGGUUGGCAGGAAUCUAAACCUGUCCCUGAGAAGCCCGCUACUUUUAAAUAUGUUGAUGUUUAGAUCAUCCAGGUACCCUUAUGAAUGACCGAUCUCAAUUGUACAGUGAGGGGGGGAAAUCAUUAUUUCUUAAGAAAGUAAAUUACACGCAGUUGGAAAACUCAUGUGGAUUAUUCCGCUCUAAAAUUCAGGACUGAUCAUCCUUAUGUUAUUAAUCAUUCCAUGUAUCCUAGAAAACUGUUUUUAAGUUUGAAGCUGAGAAGGCUCUGUUGAGGCUCCGUGGUGUCCAGCACAUCAGCCUCCUCCUGUUCAUCCUUAGUUGCUUAACCAAAGGCUACUUCUGUCUAAUAAUACGAGCUCUCUCUGUAGUAUAUGUACUCCCUUUCACUGAAACAAUAAUUCCUUCUAGCUUGGGAUGCUAGAACCGCACCAUUUUAUUCUGGCCUUAAUGGGUUUUAGUAUGAUCUUUUCAUAAUAAAUUUUAAAAAUCAUUGGCCUGAUGAUUAAAAUUUACAACGGGUAGAACCUGCCCCGCAGCUUUACAGAGCGCAAACCCCGUGUUGCCCUAAGGAAAGGGACCCGCAGCUCUCUUCUUUCUGGUGCUACAGCAGAGUGACGGCUGCGCUGUAAGUGGAGAGUGAAAGUGGGAUUGGUGAGCUAGCAUAUAGUCAGUCAUUAGCGCUAACUGUUCAUAAUUUAUGCAAAUAUAUGUGAAAUUGAAUCCAGAUGUCAAAUAAAAAUAUUUAGUUA